AUGAAGGUAAAGGCUGAUCAGGAUGAGUCUUCACCAUAUGCGGCCAUGCUUGCUGCACAGGACGUGUCUCAGAGAUGCAAGGAACUUAGAAUUAUUGCUCUUCGUAUUAAGCUCCGUGCCACUGGAGGCAACAAAACCAAGACUCCUGGUCAUGGUCCUCACUCUCCACUACGGGCCCAUGCGCGAUCUGGAAUGAGGAUUGGCCGGAUAGAGGAUGCGACUCCAAUUCCCACUCACAGCACCAGAAGAAAGGGUGGCAGAAGAGGUAGAAGACUGUAAGCGACUUGCAUAUGUUUCAUCUCCGAUGAUUUUAUCCAUAAAUUUUGGGGGCGGAUGUAGUUUAUGGCGGUAUUAGCAUUGAAGAACUGGAAUGUUAUGUAGUUUUUGUCCUCGCUAACUGAGCUUUACGUUCAA